AUGGCAGCGCGCGGGGGGGAGGUCGACUGGGAGAGGCUCGACAAGCGAAAGUUCUUCGUGUAUGGAGGGGGCCUGUUCUCGGCCCUGACCACAUGUCUGUACCCGCUCUCGGCCAUAAAGACCAGGCAGAUGGCCCUGGAUGGCGCCCCGGCAGGCCUCAAGGGUGCCGUCUGGACUGGCAGAACGGUGGUGGCUACUGAAGGCAUCCGCGGCCUGUAUGCCGGGUUUGGGACGGUCAUCUUCGGCAUGAUCCCCGCCCGCAUGCUGUACAUGGCCUCCCUGGAGCUGGCCAAGUCCGGGAUCACCACCGCGCUGCGCCCGCUGGGCUUGCCCGACGCCAGCGUGGCCGGCGCCGCCAGCUUCGUGGGCGGCGGCCUGGCCUCCUUCUCCUCCCACGCCGUCAUGGGCGUGCGGGGCCUGUAUCGCGGCCUGGGCGCCAGCAUCGCCACCUACGUCCCCUCCUCCGCCAUCUGGUGGUCCUCCUACGGCGUCUGGCAGACACUGCUGUGGGACCGCCUGGACGCGUUUGUCGGCGAAGGCGGCGCAGGCGCGGAGCGGACUCAGGGCCGCACCGUGGCUGUCCAGGCUGCGGCGGGGCUGGCCACAGGGUGCACCUCGGCGGUGCUGACCAACCCGCUGGACGUGCCCAAUUUCGGGGUUGAUGCCGAUCCCACCAUGCUGACUCGGGUCAGGCCACUGGGCGCGGGCCUGGCGCUGUGCCAGCGCUGGACACCGGCGGUGGUGGAACGAUUGCUGAGCGGGGCGGCAGCCUCUGCCUCGGAUCAUGAGGACGUGCCCGAACGCUUCAACUCCCGCACGAAGCGGGACAACAGGUUGCGAUACUUUGUCGUCAGCAACCAGCCCUCCUCCGCCCUGCGCCUGCUGGAGCAAACCGUGUUCCGGGUGCCCAUGGUGGACACGAGCGGGAGGGAGAAGUUCCUCAAGCUCCCCCCCGCCUCGGUGUGCAACAAGGUGCUCGACUCUGCCGCCCAGGAGGCGCAGCUGACAGGGCGGGCCGCUGAGCUGGCGGACGCGCUGCUGCUGCAGGGCAUCCCCCUGGAAGCCAAGACCCUGCGCUCGCUGGUGAUGGGCCUGGCGGGGACGGGCCGCCUGGAGGACGCCCUCCCCUUCCUCGACCGCUGGCUGGCGGCCGAGGAGGCGGAGCGGGGCAGGGCCGGGCCGCAGGGAGCCGCCGCGCCCGACGACGACGAGCGCGGCGACGGGGGUUCCGCGCCCCUUGCGGCCCCCUCCCCGCGCCACGUCCACCGCACGCUGAGCUGGCUGCUGGAGAUCGCGGCGCGGCGCGGGUCCACCCCCGGCAUUGUGGCCGUGCUGUCCCGCGCGGCGCGCGUGCAGGUGGUGCCCAGCGUGCAGAGCGUGACGGAGCGCGAGGGCGCCGUCGCCGAGCGCCUGGCGGCCACCUCGCUGUCGGACGCCGUCUUCCGGACUUGCGUGCUGCCGGGCAUCGCGGGCGGGGUCGAGGGGGCCACGGAGGGGCAAGAAACUGGUAGAAAGGACGGCGGUCAGGCCCUCGCGGCGCUGGAGGCGCUGCAGAGCCUGGGCGACACUGCCACCCCGGCAGACAGGCUGGCGGUGCUGGGCCGGCUGGUGGUGCUGGGGGACGCCGCCGCGGCCUUUGCCCUGGCGAGGCACAUGCCUAAGGAGCCGGCAGGGGCCUGGUGGGACGAGCGGGUGGAGCGCACGGUGCUGCACGCGCUGAAGAGGGCGGGGCAGGCGGGGGCAGACAAGGACGAGGUGGCGGCGGGCAGGGCGCUCCUGGAUGCCAGGUAG